AUGCCACUUUCUAGCUCCAGCAUAACAGGACUUAGGCCUCCUGCUUGCGCAUUGCCUCAACAGUCAUGCCCUCUGCCAAUGUCUGGGCAAACUCUCCUUCCAGUAUCCUCUUCCGCUGGCCUCUCGCUCUCUACAACCUCUACUCCCACUACGACCCCUCCAAUCUCCAUUUCUUCCAUCUCCACCAUCACCAUACCAUCCAUUUCACCUUUGCCUCCACCAACCUCUUCUCAAGCGCCUUCCUCCACCUUCGCCAUUACGCCACAAUCCCAGCCUUUGGUGGCAAAAGCUUCACAUCAAGCGCCAUCCUUGGCCAGCCAAAAUGGACCAAGUGAGUUAUGCUGUCCACCGGUAAUCGUCGAAUCUUCUGGUCCACCUAUUACUCCUGCUCCUUCUAUAAGUACUACAUCAACACUAACUACCAGCACGGCUGCGCCGACUCCAGUUUCGAGCUCUGAUGUCCCCGCUCCUGUCUCUAUCUGUGCUUCCACACGUUUCAUUCUUGAGCCUGCACCGGACAGUUUGGCCUCAUGCCAGAGGCCUGACGCCACCGUUACUCAAAGUGGGCUAGGUGGUACAGAGACGGUCGCCAAAUCACUAUCGGUGUCCACCACAGCUCAAUCGACCGCCACGAGCUCUUCAGGAAUUGUAUUCACUGCCAAAUCAAUGUCUGACUUCAUCUAUGAAAUUGAUCCACAGCUUCAGUUGGACGAUGACGUCAAAGAGGUUACCCAUUUUACACCAAUUUAUAUACUUUACAAAGAGUCGACAAAUUUGAGCAACUAG